GGGGAGGCAGUGUGUGAGGAGAAGCAGAGGAGUGCGGAGGUGGGAAGGUGUUCCUGCGCUGCUUCUGAUACACACAUCCAGUAUCACAGAUCCAACAGGAGAGGGGCAGCGUUCUGUGGCUUGAUCCAACAGGAGAGGGGCAGCGUUCUGUGGCUUGAUCCAACAGGAGAGGGGCAGCGUUCAGUGGCUUGAUCCAACAGGAGAAGGACAGCGUUCAUUGGCUUGAUCCAACAGAAGGACAGCGUUCAGUGGCUUACCCCAACAGUUGCUUCAAGGAAAGCCACAUUGAUAAUGGCGUCGUGUGGUGAGGUGUGGGCGGCCUUGAUGCUCUUGGUGCUCUUCUGCUUCACGCCAUUACACUCUCAAACCGCCCCUUCCCAUCGAAGGCCGAUCCAAUUCCCGCCAACAGAUUCCAAGGAAACGG